AUGAGAUACUUGCCAAUCUUCUAUCAAUUACUUUUCUUCCCAUUAUUUCUAAGUUAUCAAGCUACUCUUCCAUCCUCUUCAUCUUCCUCUUCAGCAACACAAUUGUGCUCUCAUGACCAAAGUGCUGCCUUGAUCCAAUUCAAAGCCCUCUUCUCCAUCAACAAAACUGCUUCCAAACAUUGUGAAAUUAGAUCUUAUCCUAAGACAAACUCAUGGAGGGAGAGUAUAGAUUGCUGCUUAUGGGAUGGAGUCAAUUGUGACAACAUCACCGGUCAAGUAAUCAGCCUUGACCUAAGUUGCAGCUGGCUUUCUGGCACACUCCCUUCAAACAGCAGCCUCUUCCUCCUUUCACACUUGCAAAGGCUCGACUUAUCUGUCAAUGAUUUUAAGAAAUCCAAAAUUUCAUCCAAGUUUGGUCUCUUUGCAAGCUUAACACACCUCGACCUUUCCCGUUCUUGGUUUUCCGGUCGAGUUCCCUAUGAAAUCUCCUAUCUAUCCAAAUUAGUUUCCCUGGAUCUUUCAUCCGCUUCAGCUAUUGAUCUUAUCUCUCAAUCAUUUGAAUCAGUUCUGAAACUUGAGCAAUCCACUCUAAAUGGAAUUUUUCGGAAUCUAACAGAGGUCAGAGAUAUUUCUUUUGAUGGAAUAAACAUGUCAUCCGUUGAUCCUAACUCCUUCAUGAAUCUAUCCUAUUCUCUCACAUCUGUUAGUCUCACUGGUUGUGAUUUACGUGGAACAUUUCCAGAGAACAGUUUCAAUCUUCCCAAAAUCAAGUACCUCACAUUGUUUAACAAUCCUAGUCUCAGUGGUCAGCUUCCAAACUCCAAUUGGAGUAGUCCUCUUGAGGAUUUGCUUGUAUCUGGUACGUCUUUCUCUGGAGAAUUGCCAGAAUCAAUUGGCAAUCUAAAGUCUUUACGUGGUUUGGGUCUCAUUAGAUCUAACUUUUUUGGAUCAAUUCCAAGAUCACUAGGAAAUCUAUCUCACCUUAGUUUUUUAUUCCUUUCAUAUAACAAUUUUAGUGGUAAGAUACCAUCUUCACUUACAAACCUCACACAACUGAGAAUUCUUGCUCUUAAUUUUAACCGAUUAGAGGGUUGCAUUCCUGAUAAUCCAAACGCAUUUCCAAAUCUAGGAUUUCUAGAUUUAUCUGAUAACUUACUUAGCGGUACAACACCAUCUUGGCUUUAUACCCAUCCAAGUUUAAAUUUUUUAGAUCUUGGAAACAACCAGUUCAUUGGUCAUAUCAAAGAAUUCCAACAAAGUGUUUUGGACUACAUAAAUUUCAAAAAUAACACCUUUCAAGGAACCAUUCCAAGCUCAAUAUCGAAACUUGUAAACCUUACUUUUCUUGAUUUAUCAUCAAAUAGUCUAAACGGUACAAUAAGUUGGGACAUAUUCUCAAAGCUUCUGAAUCUCACCUUGGUUGUACUUUCAUCUAAUAUCCUAUCACUAAUAAGCUCCAACAACAGCGUGAAUUUUUUUUUACCAAAUCUUGAGCAUGUGAUUUUAAAGUCUUGCAACAUCAGUGAAUUUCCAAAAUUUCUGGAAGGGUCAAAAGUUUUAAAAGUUUUAGACCUUUCCAACAAUAAAAUUUAUGGCCAAAUUUCUGGUGUUUGCAAUAUGAAAUUUCUUGAGAUUCUCGAUUUGUCUCAUAAUAACUUGAGUGGAAUCAUCCCACAAUGUAUUGGAAGCUUUAGCAAAAGUCUUUCAUCGUUGAAUUUGAAGAUGAAUAAGCUCCAUGGAAUCAUUCCCCCAACAUUUGCAAGAGGAUGUGGACUGAAGAAUCUGAACUUGAAUAGCAAUCAUUUGGAAGGGCCACUGACUCGAUCAAUCAGCAAUUGCAAAGACUUGGAAGUGCUAGAUCUUGGCAACAACAAGAUAAACGAUACUUUUCCUCAUUGGAUCGUAGCACUAUCAGAGUUGCAAGUGCUUGUACUACAUUCCAAUAAAUUCCAAGGUUUGAUAGGUGCUUCUAAAAAUCCGCAAUCUCUUUCAAAAUUGCGAAUCAUUGAUCUCUCCCAGAAUAACUUUUUUGGUCCUUUACCAAUCAGUUUUAUAAAAAAUUUUAAAGGAAUGAUGAAUCUUGACAAGGCCAAAGCUGUGCGUUACAUGGAGGAAAGAGAUAAUGCAUAUGAUUACUCGUAUGAUUACUCUGUUGCUUUAGUCGUAAAAGGGUUGGAGAUUGAAUUGGUUAAGAUUUUAACUGUAUUGACAACCAUUGAUCUCUCUGGAAACAACUUUGAAGGAGAGAUUCCAAGAGUUAUUGGAGAGCUUAAUUCACUCCGAGGACUUAACCUAUCUCAUAACAAUCUCGUUGAUCAUGUCCCACUGUCCCUUGGAAAUUUGACUCAGCUUGAAUGGUUAGAUCUUUCGUCUAAUAAGUUGGAUGGGCAAAUUCCAAGAGAGCUGGUAGAUUUGACAUUUCUUUCCUUCUUCAACGUUUCCAAUAAUCAACUUGUUGGACCUAUACCACAAGGCAAGCAGUUCAACACUUUUGAAAAUGGUUCAUACGAAGGAAAUAAGGGAUUGUGUGGACUUCCACUCUCUAUAGCUUGCAGCAGUAAUGAGCCACGACAACCACCACCAUCGAUGAACUCGCACAAUGAGGAUGGUUCAAAGUUCGAAUUUGGAUGGGAAGUGGUUUUGAUUGGUUAUGGAUUUGGAUUCAUUUUUGGAGUGGCUAUGGGAUAUGUUGCUUUUCGAGCGAGAAAACCCAAAUGGUUUGUAACCUUGGUUGAAGGUGGUCAUAGCUCUAAGCAAAUUGUUGGCAAAAGGGAGGGGAGAACGAAUAUUUUAAGGUUAUGA